GGAAAAAUUACGAAUGGGUUUCUAUAAUAUCACCUAUACCUCACGAGUGAACACGUGCUUCUAGUGUAUGAUAUUUUUAUAAACAAAUAAAUAAUUAAUUAAUUAUUUGAAUUUUCAUCGAAAGUUUACGUUAAUCGCAGCCAUGAGAAUACACUUUCAUAUUUUUACACUUUCUGCACUUAUUGCACUAUGUAGCAGUGCAAUACAGACAUUAUCUGUACCGGAAGUGUCCAAAUUGACAUCCCCUGCUCUCACCAAAAGAUCCAGCAAUUCCGGAGAUUCGGAAGAUGAAGCAAGUGAAAGAAAUUCUCUGAUUCCAGCAUUCUUCAUCAGCAAGGACUAUGGUCAAGGCGGAUAUGGAGGAAUUGGAGGAUAUGCACCAGGAAUGCCCUAUGGUAUUAGUAACACCUAUCGAGGUGGUUUGAAUACAGGGUAUCGAGGCUACAAUUACCCCGGAGCAAUUGGAAGUGCCAAUACGGGAUAUGGCUACUACGGUGCUGGAGGUAUUAGUGGUUACGGAGGUCUUGGCAGUGGAUAUGGAAACUACGGAAGUGGAUACGGAGGAUACGGAAGCGGUUUAGGAGGCUACGGAAGUGGUUACGGAGGAUACGGGAGUGGUUACGGAGUAUACGGGAGUGGUUACGGAGGAUACGGAAGCGGACUCGGAGGGUACGGUGGUGGUUACGGAGGUUACGGAAGUGGUAUCGGAGGUUAUGGAAGCGGUUACGGAAGAUACGGUAGUGGUUACGGAGGAUACGGUAGUGGUUACGGAGGAUACGGUAGUGGUUACGGAGGAUACGGUAGUGGUUACGGAGGAUACGGAAGUGGUUACGGAGGAUACGGCAGUGGUUACGGAGGUUACGGAAGUGGAUAUGGUGGUAUCGGCAGUGGCUACGGAAAUUAUGGUAGCGGAUAUGGUGGGCUUAAUGAUUAUAGUUACGGUAGUCAAGGAUAUGGUGGACUUUACGGCAACCGCGGCAGCUAUUACGGCAGUUAUGUUGGCACUCCCUCAGGAUAUAGAGGAUAUUCAAAGUGAUUGUGCUUAUGAAAAAAUAUUGCAUUUAUAAAUAUAAAAACCUUACUUGUAAAAAUAUAUAUUAUAAAAAGACUUAUCUUCAUGAAAACACACGAGAUUUCAAAGUAUAUUUUUUAUACUAGGAAUAGAUUUUAUACUGAACAUUUUUAUAGAGUCGUUGACAGAACUAUAACGUAGCUUGUAGAGUAAAUCUUUAAUGACAAUGAGGAAUUUAGAUACAAAAAACUAGCCUAUUUCUAAUUAAAAUUACCAUUAAGGAGAAAAACCCUAAAGUUAUUUUUAAUAAAUAAAUUAUAUUUGUGAAGUUGGAUUGCAAAAUGAUUCUUCAGUAUUUUAUAAAAAUUGUACAUCUCUUCGACAGUAUUAAUUAUAAUAAUA